UCUGUCCAGAAAAGGAUAUCGCGCCCUCCUUUUUGUGAAACCCUCCUCGUGUUUUCUCCGACAAGCAUCGUGGCCCUCGUUUCCUCUCGUGUGAUGUCCUGCUCCGCCGCACCUCGCCCGUCGCCCGUGCCGCGCUGCUCCUCCUCGAAGUUGGUUCAACAGCAGAAGAUUGAGGUGGCUCGGUGGCUCCUCCACCUUGGAUUCGAUCUGGAGGGCAUGGGGACGAGUGAGGCGACAGCGGGCGGCGGGUGGCGCCUCCUCCACCGUGGCUUCCACCUUUGUUCUCCAUGGCUGGCGGGUGGCGCCUCCUCCACCGUGGCUUCCACCUUUGUUCUCCAUGGCUGGCGGGUGGCGCCUCCUCCACCGUGGCUUCCACCUUUGUCCUCCAUGGCGGGCAGCAGCGCGGAAGAGGGCGGCGGCGCGGAAGUGGGUGGUUCGGCGACCGGCGGGCCCUCCUCCUCGUCGUUCCCCAUCUCCUGCAAGCUCCGUUUGGGAGUAUCACAAAAGAAGGCCUUUUUAUCUAACCAACUUCGAGCAAUACGAUAUCAGUUCAGGUUCAUGCACAAUUGCAGAGACUUCAGGCACAACUUCACUUCAGGUUCAAUAGAGGAAUUUGUCCAUCAAUUGGGAUCUGGCUGCUGUAGGAGGAAGAGGAUAAGGGGUCCUGGGCCUGGCGCUUGGAGAUUGCUGAUAGGAGGAGCACGAUGGCGAUGCCGAGGACGAAGAUGAAGCGCGGGGAGAAGAGGAGCGAGCCGGCUGCACGGGCGUCGGCGGCGGCGGCGGAGGGCGCGGCCAGCAGGCCCGCCGGCGACCUCCUUCCUCGACUAGCAGGGAGUGAAAUUGAGGCUGCAGAGGAAAGCGACGACCUCGUCCUCGUCCAGGCCCUUCGGUGACCUCCUUCCUCGACGUAGCGGCGUAAGACAGCGAGGGAGCAGCGAAGGAGGGAGCUGCAGAGGGAGAGGCGCGGCCGUAGGAGGGAGCGCGGCUAGCCGCCUGCCCGGCGCGUCCGCGAGCUCUGGCGGCAGGAGCUCCGCUUGCCUUCGGCGGCGCAAGGACAGCGGGACGGAAACGCAAGCAGACCGAUGGAUAUCCGCGCGCGCGAGCUCUGGCGGGAGGCUGGCAGGAGCUCCGCGUGCCUCCGGUGGCGCGACGACCGCGGGACGAAGACUUGGUUUAAAUUCAGGUUUAAAUUCCAAAUUUGAAAUGAUCCGGACGUUUGGUGAUCUUUUUGCAAAAUUUGAUUUGCACCGGGCAUGGAGGAGGACGCGACAUCCUUUUAUGA